AUGAAGAGGUUAAGAAGGAUACGAGCCACAAAAAGAAAUAGCCAGGCCAUGGGAACGCUCGAGACUAUCAUGUCGACGAGUCGAUCUUCGGAGGAGGACAAGUCAGCUAAAAGGUCAGCGGCUGAGUUGUCAGAGGAAGUACAAGGCAGAGCGGCUAGAAAACGCUCCGAUUCUGCUUCCGUAUCACAUCCAUCAGCACCAGGAACACCCGAUGCACAAGCGUCAGGUGAAGAGGUCUACGCCAACGAUCGUAAUACCUUGGCAAGGAGAUCGUCUACAACUUUGGCACUGCUGGAGGGAGCGAAGCCAGCCCCCCAAGAUGAAAGCAGGAAAGCGAGUGUAGUCCCCGUUGGUGAACCUGCUAUCCCACAGCCGUCAACAAGUCUCCUGGAAAUCACUACAUCCCCCAGCAAGCGACCAGCUGAGCGCGAAACUCCCAUUACGGGCCUCCCCAGAUCAGACGUUUUCAAGGACCUACUACUUCAGCAACAUACACAAACAGAUGGGUUUGCGUCUACGAAUGGAGCCGCCGCGCCUGGACUACUGUCCUCACUAACAGGAUGGAUACCAUGGACCUCUUCGGAGCCCGAUGGUCUGGGCAAGGCAGAGCUUUCUCUUCGAGACCUUCUUAAAAGCUCCGACAGUAAGAAUAAGUUAGCCGAGUAG